CUCCUCCCUCCCUCCAUCCCUCCCCUCCCUCCAUCCCUCCCUCCAUCCCUCCAUCCCUCCGUCCCUCCGUCCCUCCGUCCGUCCGUCCCCGCCGCCGCCCGCCCCGCGGGGGACCCGGGACAGCACCGCCCGCCUCCAGGUAGCGAACGGCCAAGAGGAGCAGAUCUUCCCCUAGAGGCACAAAUCACCGGAGAGACCUGCUUCUGCCCAUCCGGAGAUUUCGCCUGGCCUGCCCAUGGCUAGCAACAACACUGCUAGCAUAGCGCAAGCCCGCAAGCUGGUGGAGCAGCUGAAGAUGGAGGCCAACAUCGACAGGAUAAAGGUGUCAAAAGCGGCAGCAGACCUGAUGGCGUACUGCGAAGCCCACGCCAAGGAGGACCCCCUAUUGACCCCUGUCCCGGCCUCAGAAAACCCCUUUAGAGAGAAGAAGUUCUUCUGCGUGAUCCUGUAAACCCUCAAGGAGCCUGACCGGCGCUCAGGCCACCCUGAACACUGAUGUAGAGUUUGUAGGAACGGGGACGACCUGCUAGUCCACAGAAUUUAAACAAAAAUAAGUAAAAUACACGGCCUGGAAGCUACAGAGAUGUGCAUGUUUAAAGAACCUGGCCACCUUUGGGGGAAUAAGAUGAUCUGCAUUGCGAGGCAAAAGACCUGAAGUCUGUAGAGUUGCCUAGAAAGAAAAAAAAAAUAUGUAAAGAAUAAAUUUGUGUCACUUUUCUGCUCACAAAAUUGUUUGAUUGUUCCAUAUUUAAAGCACCAGAGCUGUGCUGAGCAAAGUAACUGCUAAGGAUGUGUAUAACCUUCUUGGAAUGAUAUUGUUGGUUUCUUUCCAAAAUAUUAUUUUUUAUUUAAGUUGUCAGAUAUAUAGCGACAGGUUAGAUAACUAUGAUGUUACUCAAUGUUCGGUCUUGUGCUUUUUAAGUUCUGGCGGUAGCGUAGCACAGGGGUUGAGCGGCCCCGCGGCAGGUUAGCGAGGGCGCCGGCAGCUCCGUGUUUCUAGCAAACCCCACUUUCUAACAGUUUGUAUAUGGUUAGCUUCGGCUCUGCAAGUAAAAGUGAAUCAUGUGUCGUGGUUGGUGCUUCAUACUCCUGUGACAACAUUCAGUGGUAGUGCAUGAGAGCUUAUCUCUGUUCAUCCGCUCCAGACUUUUUUUUUUUUCCUAUCGUUUGACACCACGUGCUGGUGGGAGAAGCUGUAGGGAGGAAACUGAGGCGAUUCUGAAAGCAAAGACAACUCCUGCGAUGCCUUAGACGUGCCUGAAAUACCUCCUGCGUUAGGGUAGGUGCCAACCCCCGAGCACGGGGGCUCGGGGUGGCCCCUGCCCCGGGCGUCGUGGGGUAGCUAGAAAUCUGAAAAUCAAAGUCGACCACUUCUUUCCGGGUCUUUCCUCUUCUACACCUCUGUGCCUCUGCCCUCCUCGCUUGGUCCGUGUCCUGCUCUUUCGGUUUCCCGGCAGCAUCUCCUCCCCUCGGGGCUGGGCCGGGAUGCUGCCCCACCACGGGAUGCUGCCCUGCGGUGGGAUGCUGCUCCGUGGUGGGAUGCUUCUGCCCCUUCCCGCGCCCGCCGGCUCUCCCGUUCCUGCUGCGGCCCCACCGCAAUGGGUAGGGGCAGCGGAGCAGCUUGGGGAGCCGCGGGGCCACCCCUUCACGGAGGUGCCUGAUACCUUGUUUACACGCAGCCUGAGCUCCGGCGUCAGGCUGGGGAAUUAUUCCCAGGUCCGGUUCAUCCGCCGUCAGCGUUUCGGGGGACACACGCCACCUUUUUUUGGCUCCGCCUCGGGUUAAUACUUUCGCGGACGUGGCUUGUCUCUCCUUUCCGCUGCUAAACACCUCCCGGCUUUCCCCGCUCAUCUACGCUCCUGGGAAACUUUGGGAAUCAUAACGUGGGGAUCUGCGUACAAAAUUAGGUGGGUGUCACGUAGGGGUUUUGGGGGUCUACAGUGAUCCCCCCUAAACUGUAGUUCUGAAUCAGGUAUCAGCUUAAAAAUCCCUGUGGAUUCAAGAGGGCAAUAGUCUUUAGGUACCUUUCUAGCCCGUAACAAGUGCAUUUUGGUUUUUCUACCUUUUCAUACUCUUUUUCUAGUCUUCUACAGAGAAGACCUGUUGUUCUUACACUGGACUCAAAACUUUUGGCAUCUGGGAACGUUUAUACGACACGAGUAGCCUAGAUGGUCCCAGCCCUCCUGCAGUGGCUUUCGCCCCCUCUCCAACCUCCCUGUUUCGAUCUUUUUACUACAGCUCACAUAGCUUUAGGAUGAAGGACGGAUGAAGUCGUUUGCUCUGCAGCUGGUUUCACUCUUGGUGUUACAAGGCAGACGUGUAAAUACCCCAUCCCGGGUUUGUCUUUUCUUUUUAACGCUGAUGUACUGUCACAGAGAGUGAAGCGCAGCCGGUCUGACCCAGGGCUCACACCCCAACCCUUCUCAAAUGCUGUCAUGAAGUGGUUUGUAAUAAUUUUUUUAACGACUUGCGUAUUUUACAACUCGAAUUCUUAAUAAAUAAAUGAAGAAAUAAAGCUGCAUGAAGAGUGGGGAGGGGGGGGAAUUCUGAAUUAGCCUAAACUGCUCAUUGAAGGUGUUUUACGUUGCUGGUCUUUAUUUUAUGUUGGUAGUGGUGUUGACAUUGGUGUGCUGCCAGGUAUUUCACCCCAGUAUUUAUAUUUACACAGAUACGCCUUUGUUAGCCAAGUAGAGAUCGCCUGCCAAGAUCGUUCCCCCCCCGCAACAAAAAUACCAGUCAUCUCUCCAUCCUGAUGCUGUAUUUCCAGCGUGGUAUCAAAUGACAUUCAACUCUACCCCCAGGCUUUUAAAGAAAAAUAUCUGGAGUACUGGAAAAGGACUUUUCUUUUUUUUCUGCCAAGGUUGCUGGCGGUGGGGGCAAGUCUGUCCCUCCGGUGCCAACCGGCCGCUGCCAGGCUUUUGGGGAGGGGGCGGUUGUAACCGAAAGCCAGCGCGGGGAGGUCGGCGUUGUAAUGUAGCGCAUCCCCAUCCCACGUGGUCUGUGUACUCGUUGGAAAUAAAAUUUUGGAUUUGUUUCAA